AUGGAGGACUUGAAAAAUUAUUGCCAAAGAGUUAUUUAAAUGAGCUCCGAUACAGUCAACUCAGAAUUAGAAAACCUCAAAAAAAAAGAAUUGAAUUUGGUUUAGGAUUAUGAUAUAGGGAAUGCAGAGGAAUUGGAUGAAUAAGUAAGUCAAAAUGAAGUCAACUAGUUAAUAAUACAUUUUAGAAAUUACAAAUUGCAUAAUUAUUUAUCUAAGUAUAUCAGAAUAAAUUGAUAGAAUUAGGUUGGUUUUAAAGAUUCUUUAGCAUUCUGAGAAGAUUUUUUAGAGAAAUAGAAAUCCAUAAAGCUAGUUAGAAUCUUACUUUGGAAAUUUAAUCAUAACAUUAGAAUAUAUUUAAUAAAAAUAGAUUAAUUAUUAAUGUUUGAAAGAGUUAAAGGAAUUAAUCGAUCAUCUCUUAAAUAAUUAAAUUUUAUAGACCAAUUAUUAGGUAAGCCCAAUAAUAUUAGAUAUAUAUAAUUUGAAAAUUCUUCGAGAUAUUUAUCUAACCUAAUUUUAUUAAAAAUAUGGUAUUGAAAUUCAAAAUUAUUACAAAAAUUAUCGGAAAUUAUCAUUUGAUUUAUAAGAUGAAAAUAACUCUAGCGAAAUAGAAACAUCUAAUCUAUUAUAAGAAAUCGAAAAUAAAUAAUAGCCCAAAAAGUCUCAGUCAAACAUUUCAAUCAUCAUUUCUCCCGAUACUGGAAUGCCUUCUUAAUAAUAUCCAAUAUCAGGGAGAAAUUCUAAGAAUGUACAGAGCAAAAGUGAUAUAAGGAUAAAUUAAAUACAAAUACCUUCACCAUAAAUACAAGGGUAUAGAAGUCCCAACUCAAAUGUAACAAAAUCAUAUUUUUCUUCUUAACUGAAAAUAGAGAAUCAAUAAAACAAAUAUAGCACAGUAGAAUAAAUAAUCUAGAAAAAAAAAAAGAGAGGCUCAGAUAGAAUAAAAAAAGAUGAGUCUAAUGAAAUGUUUGAUGAAUAAUCAUUAUUUAUAUUAAGAAGUUAUUUAGAUAGUAAAUUUACAUCAAAUAGAAUUGAUAGAACGAAUGAUUUAGCAAAACUGAUCAAUGAUUAAUAAAUUAAAUGA